AAUAUGCUUAUAUAUUUUUAUUUCAAAGAAAAAACAACACAGUAAAACAUACCAGAUGGGUUUUGUGGAUAUAUUAUGAAAACCUUUUUAUUACGCUAUUACGUGUGCAUAAGUUUAUUUUCCUUUUAUUCGCAUGCUUUGUGUUUUUACGAGCGUACGAGUGUAUUUCGACACGCACUUACAUUUUUUUCUUUUCCAGGACGCUGGAAAAGACCAAUAUAGACAGAAUGAGAUGUUCUUCAACCACCUUAAUUGUGUGCUACACGAACCCUCAUAUUUUCGGAAUCAAAGUGUUGGGGCCGAGUUUGAUUAUGGAAGGCUAAGUGUCUAUUAUAAUUCUCUCGGAAACUCAGCACAUCAUAGAUUUAGAAUGUACCACAAUUAUCUCAAGAUGCAUGUGUCAGAAGUGGCAGUUAUAGGUCGUAAGAGAGAAGGGAUAAUCAAAUACGUUAGAUAUCGAUUAAGUGCACAAUCAAGAACAACACAGACGUACGAUAGUAACACACGUAAGGCAGCUGUUUGUAUAAUCAAAUUUAAAUAUUUAUCAGGGACUACUGGGGGAAUAAAUUGUAGUCUGCGUUUCCCUACUGAUAACUUUGUCCUAAGUUUUAUCCGGACAUGGGGCAAGGUUAACUACUGUCUUAUCAUUGUAGAUUUUAACGUACCACAAACCAAGUGGACAGAGCUUACAACUUUGAGUGAAUGUUUUGAUCGCCUACCAAUAACUAUUAUUCAGAGCACACAUGCACAACAUCAAACGAAAUCGACACAUAUUGACUUAGAACAUGUAUCAUAAUUGCUAAACCAUGACUUUAUACACCAGAGGAGUCGUGCGCAACUAACAGUUAUCGUUAAAUUCUGGUGAAAACCAAAUUAUGGGUACCUCUGAGAAUUAUUAACGGACUAAUAUUAAACAUACGCGUGCGCUAUUUAAAAGGAAAGUAGUAUUUUUCCUCGCUGACUAUAUUUUAUUGUUUUGAUCGUUUAUU